AGUUGUUCUCAGACUGUGAAGGUGGGAGGACGCUGCUCUGCUUCGCUCCUCUUCGCGCACACACGCACACACUCGCUAGCACUGUCACGCCCUCUUCGGUAUUCCUUGCGUGAUGAUGGAAAAACAUAAGCGAACACUGGAAACAAAUGAAGGUAUUAUUGAAAAUCGAGUGGAAACAUUGAAGGAAAUAUGAACUAGAGCGCCAGAAGAGAGUAUUGGACCUGAGAAGCGGCGCAGUGAGGAAUAAUAUAUUGGCAGCAUUGUAAAAUAGAAAGGGAAAAGUGCAUUGGAGAAAGUGAAGGAUACAGAGGGAGAGAGAAAUAAGAGCAAAGAGGGAGGAAGAGAGAGAGAAAAGAGAGAAGGAUAGAGAGAAAGAGAGAGUGGGAAAAUUUAUUACGGUAGCUGUUGUAUACAUCACACAGCGUUACCAGUGUAUCUUCCGACGAGUCAGGAUGAAGCUGCAUGGCUGGCAGGAGCCGCCGCCGCCCCUCCCUUGCCUGGCGCGGGGCGGAACACGGACGCAACUCAAAUAAAAACAUCCUCCUUGCUCUCAUUAGUGAAAACAACACACCCGCAACACUCACUCACCUGGCAAGGGAAGUUGUGUUUUCAGGCAUUUACUUUCCCUUCCUCUCAAGGAGAAACCGAGAAGGCGAAACAGAAAAGAAGGUUAGAAAAGAGUUCCCAAGUAAUCACAGCCACUGGGAAUACGUCAGGACUUGGCAUUAUGGGUCCGCCCCGCUGUGUGUCCCGCCCAGUGCCCCGGGAGGCGGCGGGCGAGGCGGGGCGUUGCCUGGAGGCUGUCCGGCGCGUCACGACUUUCCAGAGGGAGACGAGAAACUUGGCGCGCCAUUUACCGCCCUCAACAACGCCUUCCCGAGUUGCCUUUGAAGUGACUGCUCCAAAGGUCGACGAAAAUGAAGGAGAAGUGGUCAUGCGGGACAACAACUUUCCUCGUCCCCACCGCCGCCGCCACCGCCGCCGCCGUCGCCGAAGAGUUCCGCCAAGUUCGAGCAAUUCUGAGGAACGUGAACUCCGGGCGGCUGAGAGUCGUGACGCGGGUGUGAACGCGGCUCACUCCUCGCUCCCUUUCCCCAACUUACGAACUCCAGGCUCGCGGAACUCGAGUCUUCAGGAUCUGGAGAAUGCUACUGAGUCCCUGGCUGGCUGCGGGGGGUGUGGGUGUGGGCGGCGAGGGGGAGGGGUGACCCAAGUUGCGGCGGAGGAAGGUAAGGCCUCAUGCAGGUGUUUUUUAGCCUCUUGUCCUGACAUCACGUGCACGUUUGGCCCACUUUAUGCAGGAGAGAGCGAGACCGAGGGGCGCCCGAUGCCGCCACUCCAAAGAGCGGAUGAUCCCAUUACCACCAUCACCACCGCCACCGCCACCAUAUCCUCCCCCAGGAGCCAUAGCCGCUCCCCCGUCAGGCUCACCCACGCCAUGAAAGCGCAGGGCCGGGAGACGCGCACUUUGGGUUCCCUUAUGAUACACGGCCACACCUCGGGACCACAGGACCAGCGGGGACACAGGUCACCGUCUCCACCAGGGUCUAGCAAUCCCGCCGCCACCCCUGCGCCACACGCCGCCACUGCAAGCUCAACAGCAGCACCAGGCCUCACCAUACCACCCGGAAAACCGGACCGCAGCGCCACACCUCCCACAAGACGAAGGGCAACGGCAGAGUCCUCAGGAGGGACUCCUCACGCCGCAGCGGCAAGCGGAAAGACGUCUCACCACGCUCCGCCACCUCCUGCAGGAUGGCGGCACCACUCAGGGUCACCAGGACGUGCGGCACUCACCACACCGGCAUCGCCACACACAAGCUCGUCACCAGUGUCACCAGGAAGGGCCAGCCACGCCCAAAGGUCAGGCAACCGCGCCAGCCCCCUUCCAGGACCACCCGGCUCCCGCCACUCCCGGCCAAGUGGGCCUCCGCCCCCCAGCGCGAGGAAUCACUCGUGCGGAGGCCAGGCCAGCUCAUCCCCCCGCUCCGGGUGGUGGCCCUUCCUCCUGACACCGCCCCUGCUGCUGCUGCUGCUGCUGCCGCCCGCUGCCUCUCCCAACGAACUUAACGAUGAAGAAAUCCGUCCCGUUUUGUCAGCGCCAGUACGGAACCUCUCCUUAGUGGCAGGACGAAAGGCUCAACUCACCUGUAAUGUGGAGAACCUGCAUAAGUACAAGGUGGCGUGGAUGCACUACGCGAAGACAGGGCGGGCAGUCUUGACGGUGGACAACUUGGUGAUGACAAGGAACAAUCGCAUAUCAUUACUGCAGGAAAGAGAAGGCGCUUCUUGGUCCCUCGUGAUCAGUAAUGUCACUACCACAGACCAGGGGAGCUACGUGUGUGAGGUGAACACGCCCUCCCCCACGAGACUGUCCUUCAACAUAGUAGUGAAAGUUCGCCCCCGGAUCAACAUACCCCCGCAGGACAUGACGGUGGAGGAAGGGGAGGAUGUGAAGCUCAGGUGCGAAGCCACGGGAGACCCCACACCUGUUCUCACCUGGAAAAGAGAGGACGGCCGCCACUUCACCGUCAAUAAUACAAGAGUUCGAGAGUUCGGUGGUCCCCUCCUACGCAUGUCCUCCUUGGGGCGUGACGACGGGGGCGCCUUCCUCUGCGUGGCUUCCAACGGGGUGCCUCCUGCAGUGUCCGCCCGUGCCAAGGUGUCUGUUGAGUUUGCCCCGGAGAUGCUGGGCGUGAUGAACGUGGUGUGGGCGGAGGAAGGGGAAAAGGCAACACUCAACUGCUCCUUCCGUGCGUGGCCACCGCCCAAAGUGACGUGGACUCAAGAAGGAACCCAAGCCGCCCCUUUAGGAGGGUCGUUGGAGCAGUGGAAGACGCAUGGGGUCGGGUCCUCGCAGCUCCCCCUCAGCAGCCUCGGAAAGGAAGAUUUUGGCCACUACCGCUGCACUGUGAGGAACAAGCACGGUUUCAACUCCACCCUCCUCACUCUUGUCGAGGUUACCACUACCACCACCACCACCACUACUACCACCACCACCACCACGACGACCACCACCACGCCCACCACCACGACAACCACCACCACCACCACGCCUGAGCUCCCAUCCCAGGCCAGCGCCGAAGGGAAGGUGUUGGAGAAGAAGACAAAUAUAAUAUCGGGUGAUUCAUCGUCAUCUCUGCAGCACUCCCCCACUGACGGCGCCCCCCAUCGCUUCAUUCAGGACGGGGGCUCCCCUCCCAGUGACCUUCGCCCCCGCUCCCUCAAUCGUGGGUCGGCCAGCACAUCCAGGGGAGCGUCUAGAGGGGUGAGUCGUCUGCUGACCUGCUGGACCCCUCACCUGCUGCCUCUACUGCUGUUGCUCCACCUGCGCUGACCUGCUCCCCACACUCCUGCUGCCUCGCCACCUUCGCCACCUGGACACACCUGCUCGUCGCCUCGUGUUCUCACUCACCUGAAUGUCGUUGCGUUCCUGUACAGGUGUAACUUUACCUGCUGAUCUAAUCUUACCUGCUGUUGUGACUCACCUGUUGUGGCUUUUAUUGUAUUUUUUUUUUUUUUUCUUGUUUCUCUUCUGGGUCGUUUUUUU